AAUGGAGGAAAAUCAGAGAACCAAAUUCAGUAAAAUCUGUGUUUUUUGCGGAAGUCACUCUGGUCACAGAGAAGUUUUCAGUGAUGCUGCAAUCGAACUUGGCAAUGAACUGGAUCAUUCCUAAAGCUUUGAUGCCUAUUGAGACAUGCACGAGCGCAAAGCUGCAAUGGCUCAAGAAGCUGAGGCUUUCAUUGCGCUCCCUGGCUAGUGGUUAUGGAACUAUGGAGGAACUACUGGAGAUGAUAACAUGGGCACAGCUUGGUAUUCAUAAGAAGACGGUUGGUCUUUUGAAUGUUGAUGGUUACUAUAACAAUUUGCUUGCUUUAUUUGACACUGGAGUUGAAGAAGGUUUUAUUAAGCCAGGCGCUCGUAAUAUCGUUGUUUCUGCUCCAUCGGCUAGAGAACUUAUGGAGAAGAUGGAGCUAUAUACUCCUUCACACAAGCACAUUGCUUCUCACCAAAGCUGGAAAGUUGAACAACUUGGAGAUUAUCCACUACUAAAUCAGAACAGGCCUCAAUGAAACUAAAUAUAGUCAUGCUUUUGUGCAUAAGAAAAAAAUCUCUUUAACAUUUUGAAACAGCAAUUAUGUUUGCAGUCACAAUCUUUUUUAACAGUGCAAAGCUUUUGGUGCAUGGUUAAGGCCAUUAUAUCUUCUUAUUGUUUUUGUUUGAAAGUUUGGGAAUCAAUCACAAAGUUUGUC